AGCUCGAACUCCUGAUUACGUCUAUUUACCUUCACCUCAUCAUAAUCUGUUCUCUUAAACCAACUUCAUGUCGGACAAGAUUAUAAUCAACGGAAAGUCGGUCGCAGUUGACGACCAGAAACUCGAUGCCUCCGAGUCCGGUUACAUUCUCAUUCGGACAACCGGCGAACCACUGAACAGGGCGCAGAAGCUGGAGCUUGCGACCUUGGGUGUCAAGCUUCAAGAAUUCGUUGGCCAGAACGGUCAACAGCUCUACCUCUGCGGCUUCGAAAAUGACUCGCUCGAGAGAGUUCGCAAGCUGAGCUACAUUGACUAUGCCAAUGUCUACUCUCAAGACUUUGUCAUUCCCGAUGUGCUGCAAUCAGCGCCUAUGAGCAUGCUUACUUCGGCCCACGCGGGCCAGGGGGCUUCUGAGCAAGUCGAGGUAGACGUGCUGCUACAUCACGACAUCAGUACAGUAACUCCAGAGCUUCUGGAGAAGAUUGCGGAGAUUGCUCAGGUCGAUCCGUCUGCGACUACCGUCUCUGAAGACCAGGCAUCACCUAUCAUGGUUCGCAUCAAGGCUGGCGCUGCGGCACUUGAACAGCUCGCUGAGCUCGACGAAGUACGGGUGGUGCAUCCAGUGCUAGAGAGAGCGCUGUUCAACAAUGUUGCGCGGCGUGUCUUGGGGUUUGAAGAGAUACAGGAGCGUGAACCAAUGCUAUAUGAUGGCAGCGGCCAAACCAUCUGUGUCUGUGACACAGGCUUCGACAUGGGCAGCACCACGGACGUGCACGACGCAUUCCUUGAGAGAGUCAAGGGGCUAUACUCUUGGGGUAGACCGGGAAACAACGAGACUAAUGAUCCAGACGGACACGGGACACAUGUGUGUGGCUCCGUCCUGGGCUCCGGGCAGCACUCAUCCGAAGGCACUGUCCACGGUGCUGCGCCGGCAGCCACACUGCUUGUUCAGUCUAUGUUUGUUCGCUUUAACUACGCCACAAGUUCAAUCCUGGGUGGCUAUCCUCAAGAUCUUGGGCAGCUUUUUCAACAGGCUUACGAUGCCGGCGCUCGCGUUCACAGCAAUUCCUGGGGUACCCCUAUGCUACCCUCUACACGGAUUCAGCGACCGUACGACACGGCUGCAGCCAGCAUUGACAAGUUCGUCUGGGACCACCAGAGCAUGACAAUUGUGUUUGCAGCUGGCAAUGAAGGCCAGGACACCGACCUCAACGGCACUGUCAACGAGCGCUCCCUAGGCGCUGAGGCCUCUGCCAAGAACUGCAUUACUAUAGGUGCCUGCGAGUCUUAUCGUCCAGACCUGACCGUAGCGAAAAGCAACGCUCCUUACUCCUAUGGCACAUUCUGGCCCGACAGAUACGCCAAAAACCCACUUAGAGACGAUCACCUGGCCGACAAUCCGGAGGGCGUAGCAGCUUUCAGUUCACGCGGUCCGACUGCUGAGAACAGGCUAAAGCCAGACCUCAUAGCGUGCGGAACUGCUAUUCUGUCAGCCAAGUCGCGCUGCAAGAAGUACCUGACCUCAGUCGAUAAGACGGGUAUCUCUGGCGACGCACGGUACAUGUAUCUCUCCGGUACCAGCAUGGCGACACCACUUGUCUCUGGAUGCUGUGCCGUGGUGCGCCAGGCCCUGUACAAUGCUGGCUACGAAGAUGUGCAGGAAAACAACCCUACCGCCUCGCUUAUCAAAGCGCUACUAAUCAACGGUGCUGUGCCCAUUCGUGGCCAGUACAUGCCAGAGUACCUGCCGAAAGAGCUUCCCGAGGGGUUACCCAAUCCACAUUCCGGGUUUGGCAGGGUAAAUAUUGCUGCAACGCUCGCAAACAUCAAGCAGACCGACUAUUCAGGAUGGACAUGUGACACUAUCGACGAAGAGAAGGGAAAGGCCUUCCUUACUCUGGUGAGCGUCCCGCUGCCGCAGGACGUCGCGGAGGGAGACCACCACAAGCCUGAGGCUUGGGGUUUCAAGACACUGAAGGUAACCAUGGCCUACGCUGAUCUCCCUGGCGCUGCACUUGCGAAUGACUUGAACCUUGUCGUCGUCAGUGUCCUCCAGAACAAGGAGCGUCAUGGUAAUCAAGGCCCAGGCAAGGAGUUCGCCAAGGCCAGCAAGGAAGGUUUCGACCGCGACAACAAUGUCGAGCAGGUCGUCUGGCCAGAUCUCCAAGGAGGUGACCAAAUUUGCAUUCUUGUUAAGCCCUACCGUCUGAUGAGCGAAAAGGUUCCAUUUGCGCUUGUCUGGAAGUUUACCUAAGCUACUAGC